AUGAUGACACUCGACGAGGCCGACAGUCACGACAUGACGGAGCGCUUGCUGGGCGCCACGGCCGAGACGAGCUCGUCCACGUCCACGGCCGCCCUCUCCAGUGACUUUGAGCUCGUCUCGGAUCGUGAGACGCUCGUGUUCGAGGGCGACGCGGGGCGACAGCAGCGACGUGACAAGCGCCGCGGCUUGUUCCAAACGUACUUUGUGGAGAAGGUCCGGCCAGGAUCAGUGAAAGGCUCCAUGUUCACGAUGACCGUCGCGAUCGUAGGGGCCGGUGUCUUGGCACUCCCCUUUGCAGUGCAGCAGACAGGACUUGUGCUGGGCAUUGCUCUGAUUCUAUUGGGCGCAAGCGCGACCAACUUUACGCUGCGGACGCUACUGGUGUGUUCGAACUUGGGGCAAGCACGGUCGUACAUGGACUUGGCGUCGGCUACGGGAGGGCGCAGGCUGGCGGCAUGUACACAGCUGCUUGUGUGCAUGAACUUGUUUGGAACGUCGGUCGGCUACCUCGUGGGCAGUGCAGAGCUCAUUCAGCUUGCACUGCGAGCUGUCUUGGGCCACACGAGCUCGAGUAUCUUUCUGGAUCGACAGGCAUUGAUCGUCAUGCUCACGUGUUUUCUCGUCCUGCCGCUAUCGCUUUUACGCAGUCUGGAGUCGUUGCGAUUUUCGUCGUUGUUUUCGAUCGUUUGUAUCGUGUUCAUGGCGCUAGUGAUUGUGGUCAAGUACUUGCAGUUUGUGCACGAAGGAGUGGCUCCGACAAUGGCAUACCAGCUGACGCACUUGGCGCUUUUCGACUGGCGUCUUAGCCACUUGCUGCGUGCGAUUCCGCUCAUCGUGUUUUCGUUCACUUGCCAUCCAAACGUACUGCCUAUCUACUUGGUACUGAAGCGUCGGUCCAGCAAAAGGAUGUACAAGGUCAUGAACCGCAGUAUUGGAAUCGCGACGACGGUGUAUGCACUGUGUGGCUUCUUUGUGGUGCUCACGUUUGGCACGGCCACGAGGUCCAAUUUCCUACGAAACGACUACCGCGGCGACGGCGCUGUGAUCACUGGGUGUAUUGGCUUCAGUAUCGCGCUCAUUCUCACGGUGCCGUUGUUCAUCCACACACUGCGCGACAACAUCCGCGAGGCUUUAUUGGCAAACCGCCGACUCGACUUACUGCGCCACGUCGGUCUCUCACUGUUUCUAGUACUUGCCACGCUUCUAGUGGCUCUGUUCUCUGGCGACAUAGCGUCCGUUCUUGGCGUGCUUGGUGCUACAACGAACCCGAUGAUCUGCUUCGUGCUGCCAGCGUUUUUUGUCGUCCGACUAGGCGGUAAGCACCAUCGAUCCAGCCAGGUCAUCGCCGUGAUAAUGGCAGUCGUCAUGACUGUCGUAAGUGGGCUCAGUCUGCUCCAGCAAAUGAACAUCAUCGCGUAA